AAGCUAAAAUGAUUAACUUGAAUCUACGUAGUCUCUGCUUCUCCGAACCCGACGAACGUCCGACGGGUAACGGGAAGACACCGGCCGGCGAUUGCUGAAGGUUUGAGCUUUCCGAUCAGCUCUCAUAAGGCGAGCUUGCUUUCGGCCCCAGAGGCAGAUUGCGGCUCCCUGCCUGCCACGGAGCUUUCUAGGACGUGAUGAGUAACAGGUCAUAAGAGGAGCUGCUGCUUAGCAAUGUCGAGACCGUGGGUGCUUGUUUUUCUGCUCUUGUUGAUCGUGUUCACUUCACAGUUUGAGUGGAAGCAACAAUUCGGUAAUGAAGUUGAACAAGGUCCAAAUGCUUCUCAGAAAGAGCAACAUGUUUCUAAGAGGGAGGAAGCUGUGAAAGAAAAGAUUAUCCUAUCCCAGGAAAAGAAUAUUCAGAAACUUAAUGAGCUUGUCCGGACUCUCCAUGAGCAGUUGUUGCAGUGCAGGGGCGAAACUGAAGGCAAUGGCAGUAGUACCCCUUUGACUGAAAUUCUAACCGAGCUUGAGCGGCAUCAUGUUCUUGAGGACUAGUCUUGAACCAUAGAGAUAAUUAAUAUUCAACAUGCUGCUGUUGUAGGUAAAAAUGUUCCUUUUAUUUUUCUGUUGAAGUGUCCUGUGUUGUGAGGUAGCUGCUUCUUAUUGUGUAUAAUAAUACUACACACUUUCAGCUUCCUAUAGUAAUUCUUCAUCAUCUCUCCUUCCUAUGAUCUGAAGUGAUUCAGAAAAAGGCCAUAAAACAUAUAUGAGAUUGAAACUGCAGUUUUAAAG